AUGUCCGAAGCAGAUCUUCUUCAACCAGGAAAUAUAGUUCGAGAACGAUGGAAAGUUACUACUAAAAUUGGUGGUGGUGGCUUUGGUCAGAUCUAUGAAGCCUAUGAUCUUGUUACCAAAGAGAAUGUUGCACUCAAACUUGAAUCAGCUAAACAAGCUAAACAAGUACUUAAAAUGGAAGUAACAGUUUUACGUCGUUUACAAGGGAAAGAUCAUGUAUGCAAGUUUUUGGGUGGUGGAACAAAUGAAUUAUAUAAUUAUGUUGUUAUGACUUUACAAGGAAAAAAUUUAGCUGAAUUACGUCGUAGUCAAACACGACAAUGUUUUAGUUUAUCAACAUCAUUACGUAUUAGUAUACAAAUUCUUCAAGCUAUUGAAUCUAUACAUUCAAUUGGUUUUUUACAUCGUGAUGUAAAACCAUCAAAUUUUUCCAUGGGACGUUUACCAAUAACAUGUCGAAAAGUUUUUAUGUUAGAUUUUGGUCUUGCAAGAAAAUAUACAAAUGCUGAAGGUGGUGUUCGUGCAGCUCGACCACAAGCUGGCUUUCGUGGAACUGUACGAUAUGCAUCAAUAAAUGCACAUAAAAAUAAGGAAAUGGGUCGACAUGAUGAUUUAUGGAGUUUAUUUUAUAUGCUUAUUGAAUUUGUGACAGGACAAUUACCAUGGAGAAGAAUAAAAGAUAAAGAACAAGUUGGACAAAUGAAAGAGAAAUAUGACCAUGCAAUUUUUUUAAAAAGUCUUCCAUCAGAAUUUAAACAAUUUCUUGAACAUAUACAAGCCUUACAUUAUGAAGAUAAACCUGAUUAUGAAUUUUUACAAAAUUUAUUUCGUACAUCAAUAGCUCGACGUGCAUAUAAAGAAUCAGAUUUAUAUGAUUGGGAAAAAGAAUCAAAUGGUAUUGAUGAUGAAUCAUUAACACCAAACUCAGCCUUACAACAGCAACAACAACCUCAACAACAACCUGUUUUAACUAGUAUCAAUAAUAAAGUUUCAACAGAAAUGACAAAAGCUAUAUUAACAGCUCAACCAGGUGGUGCUAGUACGACAAUGAAUCUUCGUCAACAAGCUACAGAAGCUGAUACAUUUGAUGAACGCUGGAAACUUUCAAAUGGUGGUGGAAGACAAAGUGGUGUUGCAUCUGAUCAUUCACCAUUUUCACCACGACGUAACAUUCCAAAAAGUCUUGAUAGAAAUUCACGACGUGCCUAUGCAUCAUCACCUGCUGCUGCACCAGCUAUUACAAAUCCACAACAAACAGCAAAUACAACAGAUAAAGAUAUUUCAAUUUCAAAAAAACAAUCCAUAUCACAACAACGUACACCACUUACAGCUACUCCUAUUGAUAAUAAUAAUAAUAAUAAUACUAAUAAAGAAACAUGGAAAACAGUUGGUAGUACACCAGCACAAAUAUCGGAUUCAUCACAACGUUUAAGACGAACAACAUCAAAAUCAACUGUUGGUGAACCAUUGACACCAACAAGUAAAUUACCUAAUGGAAAAUCUACUGGUAAAGAAGAUUCACCAGCUAGUGUAUCAUAUUCUGAUUCAGGUAAACCAAGAACUGGUACUGUUCUAUCAACAUUAAAUCGUUCGCAUCAAUUAAAAAGUACCGAACGUCUUACUGAUCAUCAACCAAAUAGUUCAACUAUAUUACCAAAUGUUGAUGAAACACCUUCGCCAGGCAUAAAUUCAAUUCCUAAUAUAAUCCAUACAUCUGCCGGUGGUACUGAACAUGGCAAACCACCUAAAACACCACGUUCAACUCGAACAACAAAUAGUCGUAGUGAUGCAUUAGCACCAACAAGACAAUUAACAGCACGUACAGGUGAUAGUGAAGCUGUUUCAAUACCGGCUGCAACAUAUGCAAUUAAAGCUGGACCUCAAACAGUUAUGUCACAAUGGAUGAUAUCAUUAGAUGAUAAUCUUGAUGAUGAAGGUAGUGAUAAUCAACAUAGUGCUAAAUGGGAAGAUGCACAAGAAAAACUUCAGAGUACCACACAUGAUCCAUCACAAUAUCAGCCAGCACAAGCUCAAUUGCCAUCAUCAUCAUUAUUACCUACAGGUAAUAUUGUAUCAUCAUCACCGCCGCCGCCACCUCCAUCAUCAUCACCUCCUGUGAAUAAUCCUCUUUCUCCAUCCACAAUGAACAGUCAACAAAUAUCACAAACAAUAAUACCAACAAUAGCUGUUAAUAAUAUUCAACAAACACCAUCAUCAACAAAUCCUAUAGCCUAUGCUACUAUUUUGAACAGUAAUAGUUCAGGUUUGGGAACAUCAACAAAUAAUAAUGUACUAACACCAACUACAACAAGCAUUAUUAAUGGUGGUCGUCAACAACAGUAUCAUCGACCAUUAUUAAGAGGUACGGAAGAAAUUUCAAACACUGGCACAUUGAACAGUUAUGAUGGUAAAGAAAAUAAACAAAAAGAAUCCAUAAUUCGUUCAAAUGAACAACCAUCAUCAGAAACCCUUCCUUUUGAAAAUUAUCGGACAACAACAAAUAUCACAUCAUUAUCACGUCCAACAACAACAACAACAACGUUAAAUGAUGAUUCGAAAAAUCUUUACUUUCGUCGUCAACCUAAUAGAAUAUCAAAUCGAAAUAAUAAUAACUAUGCCGGUGCUAAUCGAUUGUCAGAUAAUGAAUAUGAACAAGACGAAAUUGCGGGUGAAGGUGAAAAGGAACAUAAUGAACAUGAAGAAAAUGAUGAUGAACAGCGGCAACAACAACAAUUCAAACGAAAAGAUAAUGAACAAAUACAUUCUCAAUCAAGUAUGCCAUCAAGUAUAAUGGGUGAUAAUUUUUCUAGAAAUAUACCUUCAUCUACAUUUAUUGAUACUUCGGUGCGACCAAGCCCGAAUACGUCAACAAUAUUGAUGAUGAUGAAAGGAAAUGGAAACUCAGGGACAGUAGGAAAUUUAGGAGGUACUCAAUAUCCAUCACAAUCAUCAAAAAACGGAAUAUCACCUUAUGAACCUCGAACUACUAUGGGAUCAUCAUCUAUUCGACCUACAUCAUCUAAUUCAUCUAGUUCUUCAUCAUCAUUACCCGUCGAUGAACAACAGCAACAACAACAACAACAACAACAACAACAAAAACAAAUAAAAUCUCGCGGAUAUAAUUUUGUUCCACCACCAUUUAAUGGUUCACGUUUAAUAGCUAAAUCAACCGAACAAUUAAAUCGUUCAUUUGCUAAUGAUAGUCUUGUUAAGUAUUGUACAUCAUCAAAUACAUCUUCCCUACAACCUCCAACACAAAAUGAUUCACCAACAUCGAUUCUAAAAAAAAACUACCAUCAAAAAUAUAUUCAACCAUCAACAAUACAAAGUUCAAUUCAUUAUGAAGAUGAACAAAGAACUAAUGAAAGUAAUGAUGAAUCGAAAAAUGAACAACAACGUUUUUCAAAUGGUAGCCGUAUAUCAUCAGCAACAUUUGAAAAUCAUCGUGGUGAUGAUUUUUAUAGAAAAUUAAUGUUUUAUGAAAAAAAUUCAUCACCAUCAUCAUCUAAUAAUAAUAAUAGCAAUAAUAAUAAUGCUUAUUAUCAAUCAACAAAUUCUUCUCGUCGUUCAUCACUUCAACAAUCAUCAGUAAUUCCGUCCACAAAUAAAACAUUAAAUAAUCUUAUGAAUCGACAAACACAACAAAUAACAACAAGACCAAAUCUUGCUUCAAAUACACAACUUACAAGACAAUCAACAACUACAACAACUAAUUUAGCUGAUCGUAUGCAACGUAGUAAAUCUUAUAAAGAUUUAUUUGAUACACCAUCAGCUUCAACAACAAAUCCACAUCAUGUUUAUUAUCAACAGCAAUCAUCAUUAUCGACAAAUCGUUCAAAUCAAAAUAUAAAUCCGUCCACAAUAACAACAUCAAUAAAUAAUACUAAUAAUCUUUAUCCUUAUUAUUCAUCAUCAUUUUAUUAUCAAAAUAAUAAUGGUACAAAUAAUCCAACAUCGAUUGUUGGUAGUAUGUUUGGAAAUUCAUCAAGUCAUGCAAGUAUUGAACAACAUAAUUAUUUAAGUGGAGUUACAGAGUUUCAACGUCGUCAACAACCUUUACAACAUUCAUCGUCAAGUAAUAAUUUAUUACUUGAUGAUGUAUCUAGUUCAUCAACUGUUAGUCAUUUACCUAAACCACCGCCUGGCAUACCCAGUCAGAAUGCAAGGCGUCGUCGUUACAAAGUGGAUAAUUUAAGCAGUCGACAAAAAGACAAUAAUAGUCGUGAAGGUUCAUUAGAACGUUCACCCAUGACUUGA